CAAAGAAGAGGCAGCUCUGCCCGCCAAUUUUGACGGAUGUAAACAGUGCGUUCUCGGUCGUCUCUGCUAUGAUGAAAGUUGUUUUUACCUUUUAACGUCGAACAUUUCUUUGUCAACCAUGAAUUCCAGUGGAAGAGGCUCUGCGGAUUCAUCCCAACUUGCUCCCAGCAGUGACAGCAACUCUAUCAAAGUCUUUGUGCGAGUGCGACCUCUGACCCAGGGUAGUGGGCUGACCACAGAUGGAGAUCAGAAUCUCUGUCUCACCGUCACCUCACCCAACACCAUCCGUCUGCUCUCGAAACCAGAACCGAAAACCUUCACUUAUGAUCAUGUUGCUGACAUGGACACAUCUCAGGACUCUGUAUUCUCCAGUGUGGCCAAGAAUAUUGUUGAGUCUUGCGUGAAUGGAUAUAAUGGUACCAUAUUUGCCUAUGGACAAACAGGCUCAGGGAAAACGUUCACCAUGCUUGGACCAUCUGAGUUGGAUAACUUCACAGAUGAACUAAGGGGCGUCAUUCCGCGAAGUUUUGAGUACAUAUUUUUCCUCAUCAACAGAGAAGUGGAAAGGUCUGGCCAGUCUAAGAGUUUUCUUUGCAAAUGUUCAUUUAUUGAGAUUUACAAUGAACAAAUUUAUGACCUCCUGGACGCGGCCUCAGCCAGCCUUUUCCUCAGGGAGAACAUCAAGAAAGGUCUGUUUGUUGAGGGAGCUGUGGAGAAGUUUGUCAACUCUGCUGCUGAAGCCUACCAGGUGCUGUCUACGGGCUGGCGUAAUCGACGAGUGGCCUCCACCUCAAUGAACCGCGAGUCCUCUCGAUCACAUGCCGUGUUCACCAUGACUUUGGAGUCCAAGGAGUCCAUCAAUGAAGUAGUGAACAUCCGAAUGUCUCAGUUGAACCUGGUAGAUCUGGCAGGGUCUGAGAGGCAGAAAGACACACACACAGAAGGCUCAAGACUCAAGGAGGCCAGCAGUAUCAAUCGCUCCCUCAUGUGCCUCGGUCAGGUGAUUAUGGCACUGGUUGAUGUGUCCAAUGGGAAGAAUCGCCACAUCUGCUACAGAGAUUCUAAACUCACCUUCUUGCUAAGGGACUCUCUUGGAGGAAAUGCAAAGACUUACAUCAUUGCCAAUGUGCACCCUGGUUCAAAGUGUUUCGGAGAGACGCUGUCUACCUUGCACUUUGCCCAGAGAGCCAAACUGAUCAAGAACAAGGCCGUCAUCAAUGAAGACACACAGGGAAAUGUGAAGCAGUUACAAGCUGAGGUGAAGAAGCUGAAGGAGCAGCUUGCACAGGCACUGACUUCUCAGCCAGUGGACUAUGGGAGAGAUGUAGCACCAGGAGGACCUGAACUCCCCAUGGGUCCAUCUGCUGAAAUCCAAGACAAUGUCUCAUAUAGAGGGAAGUUUAUGUCUGCUGUGCGCCUGUGGAGGAAGCGUGAUGAGGAAAAGAGGAUGUUACUUGAGAAGUUGGCUCUGCUUGAGGAGGCCUUGAACCAGAAAGACAAGUUCAUCCAUUCCAGCCGAAUGAUUGUCAGAUUUCGAGAGGACCACAUAUCUCGUCUGGAGAAAAAACUGAAGGAGGGACAAGGCUUUCUGUCAGAGAUGGAGUCUCAGGCUCUGAUUGACCAGCUGAAAGAAGAGAUAAAGAUCUUGAGAGAUCAGGUUGAACAUCACCCAAAGAUGACUCGAUAUGCAGCAGAGAACUUCGGCCUCAGACAAGAGAACCGUCAGCUCCGUUCGCUUGAAUCAGUGGUGAAAGCUGAAGAGGCUUCAGCCACAGUUGCUGCUGAGCUAGAAGAGACCUUCCAGAGGGCUGUCGAGACAGAACGACUAACAGAGGCUCGAAAAACCUCCUCAACCUCUGUGGCUGCAGAUCCUGUCUUGAUGGCUACAACUGAGAAGCUGAAGGCUCAGCUGCUUCAGAAACAGUCUGACCUCACAGCUGCCUUGCAGGCCUUCGAGGAGUACAAAGAAAUUACCAAGAAACAGAUGUCUCAGCUGGAGUCUGAGAAAAGAUACCUUGAAAAGUCCAACAGGCAUUUGGAAAACAUUUUGGAAGCCACAAACGCUUACAAAAACAAGGAAGUCUCAGAGCUGAACAGAAUUCAUGUUGAAACAAUUAAGAUUCUCACCACGCCCACCAAAGCAUACAACCUGCGAUCUCGUUUCGUGCCUCUCUCAAGCCCCGAGCACCUGAAUGGAACAGACGGUGACAGAGACGAUAUUUGGGACGAGGAGCCUCCUUCAGACAUGACUGAGAUGGCCUUGACUGAGGAACUGCGUCAAGUGCAGGAUCAAGCUAGUCGUGUCCAGACACAGCUGAACGAAGAGGAGCUAAAGAGCAGCAAGCUGUUACAGCAAAUUGCAAAACUUGAGGAGCAGAUUACUUUGAUGUCACAAGAGUCUGAUCUCAAGGAUGAGCAACUUUGCACUGAGCGAGCUAACAAGAACAGGGAUCAGCUCAGACUGCAAGAAACUGUCAAUGAGUUGCAACAAAGCCUUCAGUCUGAACAGCAGGCAGCAGAAGUGCUGAGAAGUGAGAUCCGUGAUCUCCGCCUGGUGCUGCAGUCGUCCGAUAAGGAGCUGGCCACUGUGAAGAGCGAGCUAAGUAAGGGCCAGAGCGAACAGCAGAGAGAGAUGAGCCAGCUCUCCAACAGUCUGAUCAGCACACAACUCCAGCUUGACAAAGUCCAGCUGGAGUGGGAGCAGCUUCUGGAGCAGCAUCGGACUCUGCAGGAUUCAUUUGACCAUCUUCAAGCGGAGGCCAAGUUUGAGGCCGAUCAGGCAAGACAGCAGCUGCAGGAUGGGCAGCAGAAGAUUGAUGAACUGAAAGCACAGCUCAUGGAAUUGAAUAAUUCUCUGCAGUCUGAGAAAGAGCAUACAAACACCCUCAUCUCCCAAUUAAGAGAAAACAAAGAAAGUACAUCAAAAGAACUUAUUGAAACUGUGGAGCAGAAUACACAGCUUUGGAAACAAGUCUCAGACCUGACAGGGCUCAACCAACAACAGGCAUCAAAAAUUGUUGAUCUUGAGCAAAAUCUCAAAUCGGCAAGUGAAACAAUAAAAGGCUUGGAGCUGAAGACUGAACAGGACAAGGAUGUUGUCCUAGAUCUAAUGAAUCAAACCAGAGUCCUCCGCUGUGAGCAGAGCCAGAAGGACGAGACCAUUACCCACCUGUCCGAAGACAUCAAAGACAUCACAGCCAAGUACAAUACUGCCAGUCUUGAAAGGGAAGAUUUCAGGGAACAAAAGUCUAAGAUGCAGGCAGAAAUCUGUGAGCUGAAAGAAACUUUAGACAGAUGUGUAGCAUCCAACAAAAUAGAGGUCGAGGUGCUGCAGGAAGAGAUUGUUUAUGCCACUGAGGAGGUUGAGCGACUCACUAAGGUCUUAGAUGAGCAGAACAUCCUUCUUCAGUCAUCUCAAGAACAAACAGCAAAGAAGGACAUCAUAAUACAGAAUCUACAGCAGAAGGUGCAACAACAGCAAGAAGCUGUUGAAAGGACUGUCAGAAAUGGAAGUUUGAAACCGCUUGUUGAGCUGACAGUCACACCUAAAUCAUUACCUCGGACACCCUGCACCCCAGGAAGCUUCAAUAGGGGCCUGACUCAAGUGCUAGAGAGCCAGGAGAGGGAGCUGGAGAAUCGCCGCUCCUCCAUGAUGAGCAUGGAGAUUCUUUUAACAGAGCUGAACGCCGAGAGGGCUGCCAAGAACGAGGAGAUCCAAAGACUUAAGAUGCAGCUGACUGAGAAAGAGAUGGUCCGAUUGGAGAUCCAGGCCUUACUUGACCAGUUUUACACCAAGCAGAACCAGAAUGGAAAUAAAAAUGGUGAAGAUUUGAAUGAUGCCAUCAAGCAGUCCUUACAUAAAGAGCUACAAGAGGAGAGAGAAGAGAAGAACAAAAUAAUGCAGAAGAUGUCCGAUACUCAAAAAAGACUGCAGGCACAGGAGGCGAUGUUGGCCCAAUCUCAAACCUGUGUUCAGGAACUGACCACUGAGCUGAGGAACCGCUGUCUCGAGUUGAGAGACAUGAACCACAGAAUACAAGAUGAAGAAAAACUCAUUCAGGAGAACGAGGUUCUCCGUAAGCAGAAUGUUAAGCUGUCAGAGGAGAACGGGAAACUUGUGGGGCAUAAGAACCACAAACAGAGGAUUGAAUAUCUGGUGAAGCUGAAAAAGGAAAACACCAAGCUUCAAGAGGAAAAUGAAAAGCUCAGAACAGAGAUGAGCAUAAUGAGAGACCACACAGUGGACAUCUCACCACUGGAAAUGACGUAAACCUUGAUCUCCUAUUGUUUUUGAUGGAGGUGAACUUGCAUCUUUCUCCAGUGAAAAGGGUUUUUAUUUUUAUUUUUUUAAAUUACAUUACUUUAUUGACUUGGUCAGUUCUUAUAAUGGUUUCAUGUGCAAAGACAUGAUUCAUGUCUGUUGUUCUUUUCUCAUUCAGGGAUUGUGCAGUAAUUUUGCUAAGACAUGCUCAUGUUAUAACACCUCUUACCAAGUAUUUUGCCUGAAGGCAUACUGUACUUUUACAUCAGCGUUGACAGAACUGCUGAUAUACAGCUUCAUUUUUUCUUAUUGGGUUUCCUUGGAUGUAUAUUAGCACACCUUGUUACAUUGUUCUCAGACUACAAUGAAAUGAAUGUACAAGAAUGCUGAAUAACAUCAUAAUGUGAGAACAUUUUUGUGUUCAUACUUCUUUGGGUGCUGUAAUUGUUUGAUUGACCAUCUGAGUUUUAUCCAUUGUACAUGAAUUGCAUUUUUCCCAUCACACCAAGGUGUGGAGCCAGUGUCCUUUCUAGCAUAAUAAACAUAGGUAACAUUUUUACUGUAAAUUAAAGUAUUUUGUUUUUUACCUCAAA